UAGUUUGAGAAAGAUCGCCCCCUGUGGUUGGCUAUUGUAAAGCUUUGACAAACUUCGAAGUCGAACUCUGAAAUCAUGGCUCAAAAAACUUCUUUUGGUAAUAUAUCACCUGAAACAGCAGCCUUGUUCGUGUGUGACAUGCAAGAGAGAUUUAAACCGGCCAUUAAAUACUUUGAUGAUAUCGCAGUUGUGGCCAAACGACUCAUUGAAGGAGCCAACAUCUUGGCUAUACCAGUCAUUGUAACAGAGCAGUACCCAAAGGGACUUGGACACACUGUAGAGGAGCUGGAUAUCAGUAAAGCUAUUGGUGUUUAUCCGAAGACCAAAUUCUCUAUGGUCGUUCCAGAAGUUGAAGCACAGCUCACCCAAAAUCUGACCAAUGUGAAAUCCAUCAUUCUUCUUGGAAUCGAGGCCCAUGUGUGUAUCCAGCAGACCACUUUAGAUCUCUUAGCCAGAGGGUAUGAGGUUCAUGUGGUAGCUGAUGCAGUCUCAUCAAGGAGUAUGAUGGACAGACAAUUUGCCUAUGAGAGGUUACGUCAGUUUGGAGCCAUUAUCACGACCAGUGAAUCGGUACUCUUCCAGUUGCUGGGAGACAAAGAUCAUCCAAAGUUCAAGCAGAUUCAAGGCUUAGUCAAGACAAGUGCACCGGUCUCUGGACUUGCAUCAAAUAUGUAAUAUGAAUUAGUUACCCAUCUUGCUUCAAGUACCAUGCAGUGAUGUCGUCAUUGUAUCAUUCUUUGGCUUGAUAGACAAUGUUGUUAGAUAAUUUAAUCUAGUCCUUGAAAAAAUGUGAGAUACUGUCUGAAAGGCAUGUAUGUAUUGAACAAUUUGA